AUGCCUUCUUUCGCCCGGUCAAUUAAGUGUUAUCCGGUGGUACUGCAAGAUCGUAAGGCCCGAGCAGAAAGGAGACGUAAACACGAAAAAUUACCACAAGCACCCGCUCCUCGUAACAAUAACAACAAAAAAAAAAGUCUAUAUACCACUCCCUUUCUUAGUCCCUUCAUAUCUCUCUCGCUCUCUCUUUUUUUUAUUUAUUCUUUUUUAUUCCUUAGUGAAUUAAUCCCUUUCUUUCUCUUUACUCUGUUUGUAUCUAUCUAUUUAUUAAUUUCAGUCAAUUCAUAUCUAUCUAUCUAUCUAUCUAUCUAUCUAUCUAUCUAUCACAAGUUAUCUACUUCUAGUUCUAUCUAUCUAUCUAUCUAUCUAUCUAUCUAUCUAUCUAUCUAUCUAUCUAUCUAUCACAGUCUUCUUCGAAUCUAUCUAUCUAUCUAUCUAUCUAUCUAUCUAUCUAUCUAUCUAUCUACCACGGUCUACUUCGAAUCAAUCUAUCUAUCACGGUCUGCUUCGAAUCUAUCUACCUCAGAUUUUUUUUAUAUCUAUCCACACCUGCCUUAG